AUGGAGAAUGUGAAAUUAGUUGAGAAGGUUGUAAUUGCACCAGAAAAACCGAAACAGCCCCGGAGACUUUUCUUAUCCAACAUAGACCUGGCCCUUGUUGUGUACCAAGAGACGGUUAUCUUUUUUGAUCCUCCAAGCAAUGGGAUGAGCUUCUCCGAGGCUUAUCAUAGCUUGUUUCGCACACUCGGUCCCUUGCUAGCUGAAUUUGAUUUCUUAGCCGGGAGGCUUGUGCCAAGUUUGGAAGACAGCAAUCGCUUUGAAAUAGAAUGCAACGGUGCAGGUGUUGUUGUUGCUGCAGCUAGGACAGAUACCAAGCUGGAUGAACUUGGUGAGCUUUUGGUACCCAAGAAAGAGUUCAGGCAGUUUGUUGCUUUCUUGCCACAAGAGGAUGAGGAAAUGGAUCUCAAAGAUAAGCCCCUUGUGUCGUUUCAGGUCUGCUGUUAUCGUCAUUUCACUAUUCAAAUAAGUCCUUCUGAUCAAUCUUUGGCUGUGAAAAAUGAACAAAAGUCCCAAAUUGGUCACAGUAAUGUAUGUUUGUUGUGUCAGUUCACUCAGCUUGGAUGUGGAAGCCUAGUGUUUGCCUCCAGGUUCAAUCAUUGCGCAGUUGACGGGGUUGCAGUCCGGGAGUUUGAGGCAAAUUUGGCAGCUCUAACUCGCGGUGGUAACUUAGUCAUUCGACCAAAUGCAGAUCGAACAAUGUUCAAAGCUCGAAACCCUCCAAACAUCAGUUUCCCACAUUUUGAGUACUCAAAAGCCACUGAUAGAACUGGCAUAUUCACCGUCCGUGGUAUGAGUGGCACCAACAUGAAACUAUCCACAACUCUUAACCCAACGCGCCUUAUCUAUUUGUCCAAAGAUCGUAUUGCCAGCUUGAAGAAGGCAGCCCUUAAAGAUGGGAAGUUGAAGAGCUGCACUAGUUUUCAAGUUGUUGCAGCAAUGACUUGGAAGGCAAGAAGCAUUGCGGUUGAUAUGCCAGAUGAAAAAAUUUCGACUAUUUUGAUUCCAGUCAAUGUUCGCAAACGAGUUGUGCCUCCAGCCCCGCCUGGAUUCGCUGGAAAUGCAUUGGUUCCUGCCUUUGCACAUGCAACUGUGAAGGAGCUUAAGGAGGAAGAUGACUCUUCCCUCGUGAGGAAGGUGCAAGAAGGGGUAGAGAGAUUGGAUGAUGAGUAUGUGAGGUCAGGGAUAGAUUGGUUAGAGGUGAAUAAAGGGGUACCUUGUGAAGAAGAUAGCUUCUCACUGGUGUCAUGGUGGAAAUUGGGGAUAGAGCAUGGUGAAUUCUCAUGGGGACAAGUUAAGUGCACCACGUCGGUUCUACUCAAGCCGGGCCUUGUCAUGCUGCUGCCAGGACCGGAAGGAAAGGGAGGCCUCAGCAUUUGCCUGGAACUUCCUGAUGAUCAAAUGGAGUUGUUCUGCAGGUUGAUGCUGGGCGAGUAG